CGAGGAUCCUGCAGCAGCUUGGCUUGCGGGGCUCGCGGGACCCGAGGGCCGCUCGCUGUCACGAUCGCGGUGUUGGCCGCGGGCACCGGGAAGCCUCGGGAGACCCGGGAGCCACCGAACGUGACGCCGGGCCGGUGAUCGCCCCAAGUGGGAGCGCGCCCUCCCGUCACCGCCGGCUUGUGGAGGCGAGGCGGCUCCUGAGUCCGGCCAGCACCUUUCCCGCUGGCCUGUGACAGCUAAGAGAGGAUAAAGAUGAAUGUCAUGCAUCAUCCUAUAUGAAAGUUUUGGAAGUUAGAAGACAGACAUAAGAGAAAAGACUAAAGCCUGGCAACUUCAGCAGUAAUUUCAGCCAGUUUGCAUUUACUGGAAGAAGUCCAUUGUCUGUUCAUGUACAUGUCUAACUCAUAAUAUUUGUUUAUAUGGUGGAUUACAUUGACAGUUUUCCAUAUGUUGAACCAUCCCUGCAUCUCUGGGAUGAAGCCUGCUUGAUCAUAAUGGACUAUCUUUUUGAUGUGUUCUUGGAUUCAGUUUGUUUAUAUUCUUUAAAGUUGAUUUGGUAAAUGUAUUUGAAAGAUGACUCUCCAAGGCCCUUGGAGUAAUGGAACCAAGACUGAUUUGAGUCUUGAAUCUGUUGAGGAAGACACACAUUAAUUUACAUCAAUAUCAGGAUGAUCUGUAUUGGAAGAAGAGCAAGUUGUACAAGGGCAACAUAGUAUCUCAGGACUUCAGCUCCUCUAGGAAAGUUACUGUUCAAGUCACAUACAUCAUAAUGCGGAAUUCUUCAUCAGUACCACAAAAAGAUCAAGAUGAAUCAAACAUCCCUUCUGGAACAGCACCGAGUGGGAAAAGUUUACAGAAUAAGAGUCAGUUUAGGACCAUUGCACCGAAAAUUGUGCCUAAAGUCUUAACAUCCAGAGUGCUACCUUGUCCUUCCUCACUUUCUGACCAAGGGAGUCUGGCUCUAACCUCCAAGCCCCUGGGCAUGCCCACCCAGAACUAUGCUCUGAUGCAGGUGGCUGGCCAGGAGGGCACGUUUUCUCUUUUUGCUUUACCGAGUGUUGCCUCAAAUCAGCCAGUUCAGAAGCCCAGAAUGUCUCUGCAUGAAAACCUUAAACUGCCUAUUCCUCGAUACCAACCACCAAGUAACAAAGGCUUAAGAAAGAAACAGGUCCUGAGCUCUCCCAAGAGUAGCUGGAAUGAACCCCCUGGCCCAGUCCAGACAUGCCAAAUGUCUCCUUCUGCACAAGCCCAUCCUGAACUGCCUCACAAGACCAGCCCAUUGAAGCAAAUGCCCACUUUAAACCAUUCCUCUGCCAUCAAAACAACUACACUGACCAAUAGUAUUGGCCAAGGAGAUUCAAAUCUCCUUGUGACCAACAGCUGUGGAGACCUGAAGCUCCCUGCCAUCCCAGCAUGUGCUACAGAGGAUUCCUCUUCCCCACAGAGCCUCCCCUCUAUCAUGCAGAAGGCAGACUGUACCAGGAAGGAGGCGCCCACUAAGCCUGCUGUUGCUGGUGAAGAGCUUAAAGACCAAGUGGCUCCUGCACACACUGUCUUCAGCAGUGUGGUUCAGUUGGUCUCAUUAGUACCGAAAGGUAAACUGCCCAUUGUGCCCUUCUCAAGAGUGAAAGCCACAGAGGUGGGCAAAGUGGAAUCAGAUGCUGAUAAUGCCAAUCUAUCUUCAUCUGGAUGCAGGGCAAACUGUGAUGAGAGAUUGUCCGUCUCAGAAAGGUUUGAUGCAGCCACCAUGAUGCCCAGCAAGAUAACUUCUCUGCAUGGAUCCAGGCAGAAUGCUUGUGAAAGUGCCUUCAAUCCUGUCACCAAAUUAGAUCUCAGCCACAAAAUAAAGCCAAGCAGUGGGGCAGUAAAGAGAAAAGGAAGAAAAUGGAAAGUGCCAGAUGAGAUUUUAGCAUUGCAGGGCAAGAGGAGGAAAUACACUAUUGAUGUGUGUGGAGAUGGAGUAGAAAGUGGGAGAAACAAUCCCCAAGAACCCAGAGACCAGAAGCCCAAGGCUGCUUCAAGAAAGUAUCGUAGCAUCAUGCCCAAGCCUGUCAUCAUCAUGUCUGCUUUGGCUCCCCUGGUGUCAUCCCCUGCAGCUGCACUGCAGUCCCAGGCUCCCAGCAGCUUAGGUCAGGAUGUUCUGCUGAAUAAUGCGCUGCCUCCAAAAUGCCUUGGCUCCAAGCAUAGUGACAGCCCUGCCCCAAAGGCCAGCUCCGUGCUUAGAAACAGAUUCUCGGGCAUUAAGAAGCCCUGGCACAUGUGUCCUGUCUGUAACCACCACUUCCAGUUCAAACACCACCUUCUAGACCACAUGAAUACACACACUAACAGACGGCCUUACAGUUGUGGGAUAUGUCGCAAGGCCUACGUCCGUCCUGGCAGCCUGAAUGCACAUAUGAAACUUCACCAUGGUGAGAAUCGCCCCAAGAAACUAGUGUGCUGUGAGUUUUGUGCAAAAGUGUUUGGUCAUGUCCGAGUCUAUUUUGGCCAUCUGAAGGAGGUGCACAGGGUUGUGAUCAGCACAGAGCCCUCCUCCAGUGAACAGCAGCCAGGAGACACGUCAAGGAACAAGGACAAAGAUGCCUAUGUGCAAGGACCUGAUGGCCCACUGGAGAGGGAAAACAAGUCAAGUUUGGAAGAAGAUUUCCUUCUAAACCAGGCAGAUGAAGUCAAGUUGCAAAUCAGAUGUGCCCGUUGUCAAAUCACUGCUCAGUCUUUUGCUGAAAUAAAGUUCCAUUUGCUCCACGUUCACGGGGAAGAGAUCCAAGGGCGGCUUCAGGAGGUGAUCUUACCAGACAGCAGAGCGGGGGUUCCUCACCAGAAGCAGCACCCUGAGAGAAGGAAGCAGAUGAAGCCCUGGGCCUCUGUGGAGGACCCCCCAGCAUUUCCUAAAGUGAAAAGGCUGCCACCCUGUCAUCAGAACAGGGAGGAAGCGCAGGCUGGAAGUGAAGGUGGCCUGUGGGGAAUGAGCAGCCCACAGCACCCCACCAAGCUUCUCUGGUCCCACUCAGGCUUUGACUGCCUGCUCUGUGCCCAGAGGCUGGGGCGGAAGGAAGACCUACUCCUUCACUGGGUACGCCAGCACAACUGUGAAGACCCCACCAGACUCUGGGCUAUCCUGGGUGCCAUCUCUAACCAGGAAGCUCCUGGAUUCCUCAAUGAAGGAAGGCAGUGAUGCUGAGACCACCCAGCAUCAAUGCUGAUGCUACAAGGUACCUCUCUCCAUUGAUGCUGAGACCUCAGACCACCUUUCUGUCAUGCUCUGUUUCUGUUAGUAUUUAAUUACAAGGAUCCAGUAUGCCAGGGCCAACACCAGUGUACAGAGGUAAUUUUUGUGGGUAGUUUUAUUUUCUUAAGAAAUAAAAUAUGUGCCCUAGAUGCAUUUUUCUAACAUAUGUAAUGUCAUGUUAAAAUUCCAUGCAUUCUCUAAUAUCAUAGGCUUUAUUUCCUAAUAAAUAAAAAGAUUAAAAUUUG